ACUCCAUGCCCGCGAAUGGGUCACCCUGCCUGCCACCUUAUACGCCAUGCCAUUGAGAAACUGGUGAUCGAUGUCCAGGAGCAGGAUUUACUGCAUAACAUUGACUGGAUCAUCCUACCUAUUGCCAACCCCGAUGGAUAUGAAUUCACCCACACGAGCAGUCGUUACUGGCGCAAAAACCGUGCAACCGGCUUCAUGGUCGGAAACAUGUGCGCUGGUGUUGAUCUCAACCGGUAAUUUUGGCCACCACUGGUCUCAAGCAUCCAGUGCCUCCGUAU